UUUUAACGGCAGCCACCGCGCGUGCAUUUCACGCGACCGUUGCGUGCCCCCGACCGUUGGGUCUCGUUCCUUCCGUGACGUGCGCAGCCGAGCGAACGUGUACCCUCAUCGGGAAGCGCCGACCUCUCACCCUGAGCCACACCACCUCUUAACGUCGCCUUUUUCUCCUUUCACGUCCGGAAUUUUCCAGCGCUAAGAAAGUAGGCCUCCGCUCUGCCCCGAGUGCUGCCCACGCCGGUCGUGGGAAACAAGACGUCGCGCUGCAAUAGCAUCGCGUGUUGCCGAAACCCGUAAGCUGUGCGAGUGAAUUCGCCCGUUUGCCUUAGGCAGUCUCGUUUCACCGUUAGAGCCGUGGCAGAACUUCCAGACGUCGUGCCGACCUUGCUACCCUUAUCUACCCGCAAGCAGUUUCUUUGCACCCCUGCUGAAGAUCCCCUGCCUCUGUUCCUGGACCGUUCUCCGACUUCGAGCGAAUAAUCCAGUCCAGCCAUGACUGAGAUGUCUGAGAUGUCAACAGUCUCAGGCGGCGAACUCUCCGGGAUUGAGUCGUCGGUCAUGACCUCCACUGGAAUAUCCUCGAGAAUUCCCAAACACCGGCGAUCAUCGCUGCUGUCAUCGGUAUAUGCUGCUUCCUCCUUCUUGCCGCCUUCUUGGGGUACCUGUUGCUGGGAUCAACGGAUGCUGAAGAGCCGGAAGAAGCGGACGUUUCUGGUGGCAGCGGCGGUGGUGGCGGCGGUGGAGGAGGUGGUGGCGGCGGUGGUGGAGGUGGAGGAGGAGACUCGCUGCCACCAGGUGUGCCAUUGCCACCACAUACAGCUCGGACACCCGGAACAACCCCUGCUGCUCGAAUAAUACCUGCGCAACCAACGGGAGCCCCACCAGUUAUUGGCCCACCUGCAGUACUCAGUCCUAAGCCAACCCCAACUCCAACGCCUACUCGAACACCUACGCCGGCUCCCAUACCACGA